AUGAAGGGGCUAUUUCCCAUGCUUCGUCUCGCCGAACUUGCCUACGAGCCCAACACAGAGGAACUGGAACAAAAGUUAAAGGAAGAAGGAGGGUACGAGUUUUACAGACACAAAACAGACAGCAAUGUGGGACAGUUGGGGUAUUAUGUGGCGUUGAAUCGUUCCGAAAAGAUCCUCUUGUUUGGAGUCCGAGGCGCAUACACACUCUCGGAUGCCGUUACCGAUACUGUUUCGCUCACAAUUAAUUCCGCAUCCGUGUGA